UUUACACAUUUACAGUUAAUUGUUAAGCAUGUAUGUCUAAAAAUCUUCUAUGUUAAUGCCUGCCAAGGCUACUCACGCUGAAAUACUAAGAUUAUAUAUAGAUUAUAUAUAUUAACAUUUAAAAUUACAGUUUAAGUAAAUUAUUUGUAACUGCAGGAGUCAACACACUUUAAGUCACCAUAAAGAAUUCAGUAGUUUUUUUAGUCUGAAUGUUCCUUUCAAUUAAAUUAAUUUAAAUUAAAUAGUUUUUCAACUAUUUACCAUGUGGUACAAUGAUGAAAGUAACAGUUGAGGAGAUAAGGUUAUAUGGAAGUUUCUGAGGGACUAAAGUACAUCCGUGUCUGAAGCACUUACAUGUCAGAGUUUUUUCUCCCCCAAUGCUUUUAGCUGAGCUUAUCUUGCAAAAAAAAAAAAAAAUGCAUUCAUGCGCUAUAAAAGAGAAGAAACAAGCGUCUCUAUUGACUGGUGAACCGACAUGACGUCCUCCACAAGCCUGAAGGUGCGCUUGCCCGCACUUGUGUUAGUGCUGGAAAUAGUAAUAAUAGCACUUUAUGCUGUGUUUGUCACCUAUGAUGACGAUUCUAAUGCUAAGCUGCAAAACAAUCAGACCAACCCCAUGGAUAACGCGCUAUACCGGGAUUACCCCUACUUUGCUGACGUGCAGGUGAUGAUUUUCAUUGGCUUCGGUUGCCUGCUGGCUUUCUUCCGCUUCUACGGCUUCAGUGGAAUGGUCUUCAACUUCCUCACAGCAACUUUUGCAAUCCAGUGGGCAAUCUUGAUGCAAGGCUUCUUCCAGUUUUACUAUGAUGGGAAGAUUCACUUGGGAGUGAUCAAUCUGCUGAACGCAGAGUUCGCCUGUGCCGUGGUGCUCAUCUCCUUUGGGGCCGUGCUGGGAAAAACCAGCCCGGUUCAGCUCUUGAUCAUGGCUUUGCUGGAGAUCCUUAUUUUUGCUGUGACAGAGUGGGCCGUACUUAAGUACAUUAGGAUCAAUGAUGCUGGAGGCACUAUUCUCAUUCACCUGUUUGCCUGUUACUUUGGUUUGGGGGUUUCAUUUGUGCUGUACCGCCCCAAUCUGAACAACGGACACGCUAAAGAGAUCACAAGUUAUCACUCUGACAUCCUGUCUGUGAUAGGAACUCUGUUCCUCUGGAUCUUCUGGCCUUCCUUUAACUCUGCUCUUACCUUUAAAGGGGAUGAUCAGCACAGAGCAAUUCUCCACACAUUCAUAGGUCUGAGCUCUUCCACCAUCACUGCCUUUGCCCUCUCUGCUUUGUUCAACAAAAGGGGGAAGCUUACGAUGGCUGACAUUCAGAACGUGACCCUAGCAGGUGGUGUGACCGUUGGUGCUUCUGUGGACAUGAUGAUUUCUCCUGUAGCUGCAUACGUCCUCGGCGUCAUGGGCUGCACCGCCUGCUUCCUUGGUUACAAGUACAUGACCCCCUUUUUGGCCAAGCGAAUGAGAAUCCAAGACCAGUGCGGUAUCCAUAACCUGCACGGGUUAACCGGCCUCAUUUCAUCCGUUGCAGGCAUCUGCGCCAUCCUCCUGGCCACUGAGGAGACCUACGGACCCAGCCUGUAUCAAAUCUUUUCCCAUCGAGCUCCUCCUGAGGGAGAUCCAAAGCUGCUGGAGCUGCAGAAGCUUAUUCCUGGUCUAAAAGCGGGCCUGGGUCGCACAGCUCGGGAUCAAGCCCUGUUCCAGCUUGCAGCUGUUGUCACCACCAUUGCAGCUUCUGCACUUGGGGGGGUGUUCACCGGACUGAUAAUGAAGCUGCAGUUCCUGGCAUCACCGUCGGAUGAGGACUGUUUUGACGACGAGCUUUUCUUCGAUGUGCCCUCCGACUUUGCCAGCAUCCCGUCUGCAGCGAUCUCCAAUGAAAAGGAAAAUUUGGACAAGGCAGACUCCAAGGUGUGAGGCGGCUUAGAUAGCUUAUUUUUUACAAAUCUGUUUUAUGGCAAAAGGUGGAGAAUAUGUUUGCUUUAAAUCAAAAACAAAUUUGU